AAGCCCCCACCGGAGGACGCCAAUUAACGCCGGGUACUGAUUAUUCAAUUUCAACGGUCGCUUUCCCAUCCAAACAGCCGAAAAAUGGCGAUGUCACUGUGGGGUUUCGUUCCGGUACGGUGUCACUUCCUAGCUUGCGAGUGCUAUCUAACCUUCACCCUUUACGUGUAGGGUCAGUUGCGUUGCGAGCUGUUGUUUGUUAGCGGGACUUACAUUAUGUCGCUAGGGGUGAAGUUCUUCAAGCUGGCUGCUCGCACGUGUUUGAGGAAACGAAACGAACCAUCCCUACGUCCAACUAGUGGCCGGUGCUGUGGGCACGUCAGUCUUGCGCGAGAGUUGCUCCGGAGCAGUGAACCCCUUUUGCAGUUGGAAUUCUUCGCGUGCCGUGUGAUCUUCUGCAAUUACCCAACGAUGGCGCUGAUCAUACGAUCGUUCGUUAAUGGGUACAAUUUCCUGGUGGACAAGACAGAUGAAAGAGUUCUCGAUCUGCCAUUGCUGCGGUCCUUCUGGACGGUCCCACUCAUAACCGGGACGUAUCUGUACUUCGUCCUCAAUCUUGGCCCAAAGCUGAUGGCCAACCGGAAACCGUUCGAAAUGCGCAACUUGCUUAUCGUGUACAAUCUCUUUCAGGUGGCCGCAAAUGUGGCCACAUUCGUGAUGGGGUUAAACUACCUGCGCAGCUACCCGUCGUACUCGUACGUCUGUCAGCCACUGCAGCAAGAUACGAGCGCCCGGUCGAUGCUGGAGCUACGGCUCGGGUACGCUUACUUUCUGCUGAAGAUCCUCGAUCUUGCCGACACGGUGUUCUUCGUGCUGAAGAAAAAGCAAUCGCACGUGUCCUUCCUGCACGUGUACCAUCACACAAUAAUGGCCAUCUCGGUGUCGCUGUUUAUGCGCUAUCUGGCCGGCGGGCACUGCUUCAUGCUCGGCAUGCUCAACACGCUCGUGCACGCCGUCAUGUAUUUCUACUUCUUCCUGACGAUCUACCGGCCCGAGGAGACGCGCGGUGCUGCGUGGAAGCGGUACGUCACGCUGCUUCAGAUGGCGCAGUUCGCUUACCUGGUGUUCCACUUCUUCCGUCCGAUUGUGCUGGGGAUUGACUGUGGGUAUCCGCGGGCCGUGAUGUGGUUCGUGGGCCUGCAGAACAUCUUCAUGCUGCUGAUGUUUGGCGACUUCUAUCGCCGCUCGUACCUCCGGAAGCCGAAGAAAGGGCACGAAAACUAAACCCGAAGCCUUGCAAGGCUGUGUACGGGUUCUAAGCUCGAAAGACAAUGCAACUUUCAUGAAAGAACGUGUGUGUUGGUUUGUUUUUAUAUGUAUUAGGAUAUAAUACCUUUAUUCAAUAGUGUGUGUGUGUGAUCAUUGUAAACACGAUCUGCUGGAGCCGCUUGUACGCUGCCAAACCGUAUUUUGCUUGUAUUUUUCCUCUCAUAAAGUAAAGGUGGACUACCUUACACAUUUCCGUAGCUCAAGGACGCAAGGAUCCUUCAUCCUGCCGUACCGGUAGCGGUAGUAGUAAUAGUAGUAGUAGUGGUAGUAGUAGUUCCUUUGUAUGCUUUAUAUUUCUCAUUCUGCAACAGAAUGUACGGUAUAUGAAAAAAAA